CCCAAGCUCCCUCCCCCCUGUCGGCCAGCCUUAUUGCAGGGUUCUUCGCUACCCACCGGUCGGUUCAAAUGUUCGGCCAGCCAGCCAUUCUUGAGAUGACAUCAACACUCUCUUAUAGCUUCAAUCACCCCAUAACAAUCCCCUUCUUGUAUCCUCGGCUGGUGCCUUUGCCAACUCAACGCUCAUUUUGUGCUCAUUUUACACCUUCAUAAGCAUCAAUGGCUUCAGCCGCGAAGAAAAAGCUUGUAGUCUGCGGCGGCAAUGGCUUCCUCGGAAGCCGAAUAUGCAAGGCCGCCGCCCACCGUGGAUGGGCAGUAACCUCCAUCUCGCGCUCUGGCACCCCUCACUGGGGCAGCAUAACCGCAUCACCCGACCCGCCGUCCUGGUCAUCCUCCGUAACAUGGGCCAAAGGUGAUAUUCUCGCGCCCGGAUCCUACAACUCGCAUCUAUCAGAUGCUACGGCCGUCGUACAUAGUAUGGGUAUUCUACUCGAAGCAGACUACAAAGCAGUCAUCAGUGGUCGCGAAUCCCCCGUCUCAGGGCUGCGUCGCGCCUUCAGCGCAACCAAGCAGGGCACGCGGAACCCACUCGAAAGACGAGGAGAUGAAAAUGAGGGGGGCGAGGAGAGGUUGAAGCCUCAGGAAAAGGAUGGCCAGCUCACCUACGAAGUCAUGAAUCGCGAUUCAGCACUCAGCCUCGCAAAGCAAGCACACACGCACCGUGUCCCGAAUUACGUAUACAUCUCUGCGGCAGCCGGCGCGCCUAUGCUACCUACCAGGUAUAUCUCUACGAAACGCGAGGCGGAGACGUUGCUGGAGAAGCACUUCCCGGAUGUCCGGAGUAUAUUUAUCCGUGCGCCAUUCAUGUACGAUUCCUCGCGCACAUUUACGCUGCCAAUCGCCGCGGCAGGUGGGGUCGCGAGUCUUGUGAACUCGGCCGUUGGAGGAAGACUGACGUGGUUGAUGGGUGCGGGCGGGAUUAAACCACUCAAGGCGGAUGUUGUUGCCGACGCUGUUGUUGAGGCGCUGGAGGAUGAAGAAGUCAAGGGGGUUGUUGAUCCGGCGAGUAUCGAGAGAUUGAGUGUGCGCGCAUGGCGGAAGAAUAUGCUAUGA